CCAAUCAACUCCGACCAACGCACUGCUCACCACAGCAAACAAUGGCAUUCAAGUUCGUCAUCCUUGCCGCUCUCGUCGCCGCCGUCAGCGCCGGUGGACCAGCUGCCUACUCCAUCGCCGCCCCAAGCGUCGACUACCACUCGGUUGGAGCCUCGCACGAGCACACCGUCAAGGGUCUGUACGGUCAGAAUGUCCUGUCGCAGUACUCUAAGGCCGUCGACUCCGCACACUCGUCGGUGCGUGUGCACAGCUCGCGCCUGAGCAACGAUGGUUACGCCUACGCCCCAGCUGUUAAGUACGCCGCCCCAGCCUACGCUGCCCACUACCCGGCUGCUGCCCACUACGCCGCCCCGGCUGUCCACUACCCUGCCGCUGCCCACUACGCCGCCCCGGCCGUCCACUACCCAGCUGCCGCUCACUACGCCGCCCCAGCUGUCCACUACCCAGCUGCCGCUCACUACGCCGCCCCGGCCGUCCACUACGCUGCCCACGCCCCGAUCGUUAAGGCCGCCUACCCCGCUGGUCUUGCUGCCCCGCUUGCCUACAAGGCUCCGUUGGCCGCUCCUGUAGCCGCUGUGCACGGAGGUUCGGUCGUGCAGUUCGCCGGACUCGGUGCCAGCUACGCCUGGUAAGUGGCUAUGCCUCGUGUGUACUAUCCAGACACAAACCCCCCGGACUGAUGCCGAACUGAGCCGAAACAACGAGAUGCCACUGGCACUGGCAGUAACGAUAGGUUUAUCAUCAACAGUCACACACUCACUCACAGCAGCUAGCAGCAGUUUAGAUACUAAGUACUUUGA